UAUAUAAUUCUUCGAUUAUACAGAAAAAAAAACCUUCUAGAAAAUCAUUCAUAGUGAUGAAUCAUGGAGGAUGCAGUGACAGAAAUUAAAGAUUUGGUUUUCUCUGAAACUGAAGAAAAGGAGAGUGUGGAAUCAACAGGUGGGGUGUUGAACAAUUUGGUUUCCAAUCCCAAAGAAGAAGAAGAAGAAGGUCGUGUUGUGAAUAAUUUUAUUUCCAAAUUAAUAUCACCUAGGAGUAGUCCAAGAUUGAGGGGGGAUAUGGAUAGUAAAGAAAAGGGUGAUGAUCUUGGAUUCAAAGAUGAGUCAGGUGAGGAUCUUGGCGGUGGUGCCGGUGGCCGUGGGUUUGUUAAGAAUGUAGUGUCAAGCAUUUUUCAUCAAAGUAAAGGAGGAGGUGAAGAAAAGGUGAAAGUUGAAGAAAAACUUGGUGUAAUUGAUAGUCUUGUCUCUCACUUGCCUACACCUCUAGCAGAUGAUGCAGUUCCUGCAACCGAUGAGGCUUCUAUCCUAAUUCAUUCGAUUGUUCAUGACUAGGAAAUAUGUUGUACUUUUUUGUUCGGUUUCUAUGGAUUUUACCUCGUGUAAGCUGCAAUGUCUAGGACUCGACUCGACAGACUGAGUGUAUAAGUUUGGAUCAAAUAAUUUUAUUGAUUUAGACAUUGUCAAUUUGUUUUUUCAAUGUCGUAGAAUUCAUGAUGAUGCAACUUAAAUUGAAGAGUAUUAGAAGAAGAAAAAUUUGGGUAUGAAGUGUUCAUUUUCUAUAAGUUGUUCGUUCUAACAUUGUUAAGGAAGGAAAGAAAAUUGUAUUUUAUUUUUAUUCAAGUUUUUUGACCACCAAUUCAACAUCAGAGGGUGUU